GUACUUGGAUGAUCACAAUUUUAUGGAUGAGAAAAACAGGAUUGAAAUCAUUUCCGCCAAUUGCUCAGAAUCUCACAGCAAGAAAGGUGGACACUAAAUUAAACCUCAAGCAUUUCGACUCUUAACAAAAUGCAUAUCCUCUUUCUCUUCAGUACUUCUCUGCGUGUCACCAAAUCCCCUCAUCUCUGGUUCUCUCCUGAAACUUGAUUCCAUGAGAGCUACUGACUAAAGAAUUGAUUUCCCAUUUAAACCCUCCGGUUCUAGAGUUUGUUAACAGUACCUGUGUCUUUCCAUUUAUGUUUGGUGACACCAUCUACUACAACUGCAUCUCUGUCCACAGCGAUUAUGAUUGGUGUUCACUCGACAAGAAAUUCCGAGGGAGAUGGCGGUACUGCACCGGCGAAGAUCCCCCCAAGUGUACCUUCCCCUUCUUCUUCAGAAGCAAACUCUUUCACAAAUGCACCAAAGAGGGCUAUAUUUUGAAUUGGAGUUGGUGCUCAUUGACAAAAAACUAUAACCAAGAUAGAAAAUGGAAGAAAUGCUCUCCUCAUAAUCUUUAAAUAAGUCUUGGUGUCUUGAAGGGACAGAAGUUAUAGGAUUCAUCAGCUGCCUCUCGGAAUAUAUUGUCUCCCUAAUUAUUGCGGCAAUAAAGAUGUGAUGCCUCUUCCAUAUGGAUGACUCCUUUUGUUGGAAAAAGGCACAGCCAAUGCUCAAUGAUAAAAUCUUGGGGCGGGCCGGGAGCCCGAAGCUAGAGAGCCUCUUGGCGCCCAGCGGCUGCUCGCGGCAGCCCGGCGGCGGUCACCAUGCCACAAAAUGAAUAUAUUGAGUUACACCAGAAGCGCUAUGGCUAUCGUUUGGAUUACCAUGAGAAAAAGAGAAAGAAAGAAGGUCGAGAGGCUCAUGAACGUUCAAAAAAAGCAAAAAAGAUGAUUGGUCUGAAAGCUAAGCUCUACCAUAAACAGCGCCAUGCUGAGAAAAUACAAAUGAAAAAGACUAUCAAGAUGCAUGAAAAGAGAAACACCAAACAAAAGAAUGAUGAAAAGACUCCAGAGGGAGCAGUACCUGCAUAUCUAUUGGACAGGGAGGGGCAGUUCCGAGCUAAAGUACUUUCCAAUAUGAUUAAACAAAAGCGAAAAGAGAAAGCAGCAAAGUGGGAAGUUCCUUUACCCAAAGUUCGUGCUCAGGGAGAAACAGAAGUAUUAAAAGUCAUUCGAACAGGAAAGAGAAAAAAGAAAGCAUGGAAGAGGAUGGUCACUAAAGUCUGCUUUGUUGGAGAUGGCUUUACUAGAAAACCACCUAAAUACGAAAGAUUCAUUAGGUCAAUGGGCUUACGUUUCAAAAAGGCCCAUGUAACACAUCCUGAAUUGAAAGCCACCUUUUGCCUGCCAAUACUCGGUGUAAAAAAGAAUCCCUCAUCCCCACUAUAUACAACUUUGGGUGUUAUUACCAAAGGUACUGUCAUUGAAGUGAACGUGAGUGAGUUGGGCCUUGUGACACAAGGAGGCAAAGUUAUUUGGGGAAAAUAUGCCCAGGUUACCAACAAUCCUGAAAAUGAUGGAUGCAUAAAUGCAGUCCUGCUGGUUUAACAGCAGUUCCAGGCAAGUAAUCCCUUAUAAUUACUGAAGACUACACACCUGUCAGGAAGACCAUCAUUGUUGUGGUUCUGGAUGCUACCAAACAGCCUUACAUAUCUACAGUCAUCAAGACAUUUAUUCUACUGUAAAAAAGUUGAAAUAGACAUUUAUUAAAAUAAA